UUAAAAUCAAUGUAACUAAAUUCUCCUCCCCCACCGGAGCUGCGAAUUCACGGCGGCGAAGUGAUUGAUUGGCGGAGGAUAUGGAAUCGAGGCAGUCGGAUUGGAAUUCGGAAGUGUAGCAGAAUUCGAUAACCGCUCGAUUCGAUUGAUUUGGAGUUGAGGUUUUGAAGGAAGGAGGUGAUUGUGAUUUGUGCGGCCGGUGAUCAAUGCUAGUAGGAUGAUUAGGGAAAAGAAAGCUGCGAUUAGGAUUUUGUUGCGUCUGCGAAUUGAUGCGACCUUGUCUUCUCUUAGAGGCUCUGAAGCAUCAUCCAUGGCUGGCUGCUGAUAAGAGGUAUGGAGAUAUUAGGCAUUUCAGCCAUCCUCAUCCAUUGACUGAUGAGAUGGAAAUGGAUGAUAGUGAUAACUAUCAUUCUUGCAAAAUUUAUGGGUUGCCAAUUCUAUCCGCUCCCUCCUACACUUGCACCAUUGUUGCUUUCGAUUUUUUUCUGCACGAAUCAUGUGCCCAAAAAAUCAGCCAUCCCAAUCAUAGUACACCAUUGCAAGUUUCCACUAAGCACAUGCUUUGUCUCUGAGAAGGAAGUCCCAAUUUCACCUACAAAUGUGAGAAUUGCGAUUUCGAAAUGCAUCCUCUGGCUGCAAUGGUUGGUGUUGAGAUCAGAAGCAGACACAAGAGCCAUCCACCUCACCCACUCGUGGCUCUUUGUAGAGAGACUUUCUCUCUGUGCGAUGCCUGUGGUGAGAAACAUGAAGGUUUCUUCUUCUCGUGCCAACUCUGUAAUUUCUGGAUUCAUCAAGACUGCACCAUACUGCCUACUGCUCUCACGCUCUCCUCUCGUCCUCUGC